AAUUAAUAAUAUUAUGGAAACCAAAACAAUCGAAAGAAAACCAGGAACAGCACCCAUUAAGAACGAAUUCCGAAAAGAACGUUGGUUCGAGGAAGAAGGUACUGAAGCUGAGGAUGGAAGCCGUGGGGUAUUUGGAGAUGACGAUGCUGCUGAAGGGGAAAAGUUUAGCAAAAAGGAUAAAAAGUGCCGUAAUGAACGAGGUGCAAACAAGGGCAAUCGUGGUAAGAAACGGAUUGAAGAAGGUAUCAAGAUUUGUACUUCUAUUGCUCGUAGUGAACCCUGUACCUUUGGUGAAAGUUGUCGAUUUUCUCACGAUUUGGAAGCCUAUUUAAAAGAAAAACCUGCUGAUUUGGGAACUCGAUGUGUUCAAUUUGAAUUAUUUGGAAAAUGUCAACGUGGAUACAAAUGUCGAUAUUUGAAUGCUCACAUAGAUGAAAACAAUAAAUUGAUAUUCAAUGAAGAGUUAAUCAAGAAAAACCCAAUAUACACCAAGAAUGGAAUCAGCGCUGAAAGUCAAAAAUUAUUAACCAAAAGACUUUAUAAUUUCCCCAAAUCAGACGAAUAUCUCAAGGAAGUACAAGCAGAAAACAAGUUGGUAGAAGAUAUGAAGGCUGAAAAUGGGAAACGCAAAAGGGAAGGUUUACCAUCUCAAUCAUUAGAAGAAUAUAAGGAGGCCACAAAGAAAGAAAAGUUGGAGAACGGUGAUGCCAAACCAGUGGAAUACUCAGAUACCGAACAAGACCAAAUAUUACUGGAUGAUCUCAACACAGCACAACAAGUAAAAAAAGAGGACAUUGACAGUGAUCUUCCUCCUGUGGAUAUGAAUGUGAAAGCAGAAGAUAUCAAACCCAUAGGACCCAUUGAUACUGGAUACAAGAAGUUAAUCGAUUUUAGCAACAAAACCUAUUUGGCUCCCUUGACAACGGUUGGUAAUCUUCCUUUCCGACGUAUUUGUAAAGGUUUUGGUGUGGAUAUCACUUGUGGUGAAAUGGCAAUGGCAGCGAAUUUACUCCAAGGUCAACAAUCAGAAUGGGCAUUGACAAAACGUCAUGUGUCUGAAGAUAUUUUCGGUGUACAGAUUUGUGGCUCCAAAGUAGAACAAGUAGUGAAAGCAUGUGAAGCCAUCAACAAUGAAGUGGAUGUGGAUUUCGUUGAUUUGAAUAUGGGUUGUCCUAUUGAUCUUGUUUUCAACAAUGGCGGUGGAUCUGCUUUGAUUGAUUCUAGAGGCAAACUUUCAAAAAUGCUCAAGGGUAUGCAGCAGGUCAUGGAUAUCCCUGUCACUGUCAAAUUUAGAAUGGGCAUCAAGGAAAAUCAUCCUACUGCUGACAAAUUGAUUCCUCGCUUUGAGGCAUUGAACAUACCACUAGGAACCAUUCAUGGUCGAUCUCGUACACAACGUUAUAGUCGACUGGCGGAUUGGAAUUAUAUUGCAGACUUGAAAAAGCAAACGAACACAAUGAAACUCUAUGGUAAUGGUGAUGUGCUUAGUUUUGAAGAUUAUAAUCGUCACAAGGAAGAAGCAGGAAUUGAUGGAGUGAUGAUUGGAAGAGGUGCCUUGAUCAAACCAUGGCUCUUUGAAGAAAUCAAAACACAACGACAUUGGGAUAUUUCUUCUCGUGAACGAUUUGAUAUGUUAAAAAAGUUCUGUGACUUUGGUUUGGAACAUUGGGGCUCUGAUAGUCAGGGUGUCAAUACCACUAGACGAUUCCUUUGUGAAUGGCAAUCCUUUUUAUAUCGAUACAUCCCUAUUGGUCUGUUAGAAGUCUAUCCUCAAAAAAUCAAUCAACGUGCUCCUCCAUACUUUGGUCGUGAUGAACUGGAAACAUUGAUGGCUAGUCCUAAAGCAGCUGAUUGGGUCAAAUUGACUGAACGUAUCCUAGGUCCUGCGCCAGAAGAUUUUAACUUUAUGCCCAAGCACAAAGCCAAUUCUUUCGAGGGUUAAACGGGGCCUAACCAAAUAGUAUAUGUAUUUUUCA